CGAUUGCCAUCAACACAAUACAUUGUUGAGUCGCAUUUUGCCUAUACAUCUCAUAGCAUACAAUUUGUUUUUCUGUUCUUACUAAAAUAGUCAACAAAUAAAGCCACACAGAAUUUCGACGUAGAAAACAGAAGACGAAAAAACCUACACUAAGGAAAAGGAAGCAUACGAAACCAAAGCGAUAAGUUCUCGGUUAAUUUCAAUUUCAUUCGCCAUUGAGUGCAGUCCACGUAAUUAAAAGUAAUUUUCAACACAAAACAGCGUAUAUUUUUUGACUUGUGCUAUCACAUCGAAAAGAAAUUCAUACAGAUUGCUCAUUAAGCAAACAUGGCAAGCGAUCGAUUGGACCUAGUUAUUUUUGGUGCAAGCGGUUUUACCGGCAAAUACACCGUUCUCGAAGGUGUUAAAUUGCUUGAGAAUUUAUCAUGGGGCGUUGCUGGCCGUGACGAAGAAAAAUUAAAACGUACUCUUAAAGAAAUCGGCGACAAAUGUGGAAAAGAUCUUUCUGCCAUUCCAAUUAUCAUAGCCGAUGUACGAGAUGAAAAUUCAUUGCAAAAAAUGGCCGAACGCGCUAAGAUUAUUGUGAACUGUUGUGGUCCAUAUUUACACUACGGUGAGCCUGUAGUCAAAGCCUGCAUCAAUGCAGGCACUCAUCAUGUUGAUGUCAGUGGUGAACCACAAUACAUGGAACGAAUGCAACUCGAAUACAACGAUCUCGCCCGUGAAAAAGGCGUUUAUAUCGUUUCUGCAUGCGGAUUCGAUUCGAUACCAGCUGAUAUGGGCGUGGUACAUUUGGAAAAUCACUUUGAUGGUGAAGUUCAUUCGGUGGAAACAUAUUUGAAAAGCUGGACCACAGGACCUGCAAGCGGUGCUGGCAUUCAUUAUGGAACAUGGGAAUCAGCCGUCUAUGGUCUGGCAAAUGCAAAAGAAUUGAGCUCGAUUCGUAAGAAAUUAUUCAAAGAACCAUUGCCGUACACCAAGCCACCUCAAAUCAAACGACCAGUUAUUCACAAAUCCGAUGUGGUUAACGCUUGGUGUUUACCAUUCAUGGGAUCAGAUCGUCCAGUUGUCUUACGAUCACAACGUUUCUUUUACGAACAAGAGAAGAAGCGUCCGAUUCAAAUGCAAGCCUACGUUCAAUUCAAAUCAUUGUUAACCGUGUUGUUGGUUUCAUUGAUGGGUGUGGUUUUUGGUUUAUUAACAAAAUGUUCAUUUGGACGUCAAUUACUGUUGAAAUAUCCGAAAUUCUUUUCAUUGGGUUUCAUCUCGCAUGAAGGUCCUACCGAAGAACAAAUGAAAAAUACUAAAUUUUCGAUUACAUUCUAUGGCCAAGGAUGGCCAAAAGAGGACGCUUUGGCUGAAUCAACCGAUCAACAUACGACCAUGCCAUCAAAGAAAAUUGUAACACGUGUGACUGGUACUAAUCCAGGGUAUGGUGCAACUUGUGUUGCUCUCCUGUUGUCAGCCAUAACUAUUUUGAAUGAAAAGGAAAAAUUACCAUUGACCGGUGGUGUUUUAACACCAGGCGCCUGCUUUGCAAAGACCAAUUUGAUUUCAAACUUGUCAAAGAACGGAUUUGACUUUGAAAUCAUUUCUGCACAUGAAACUGAUUCAGCCACAAACUAAACAGUUGACAAUUACAACAGUUUGGAUGGGGGUCGAUGGAUUUUGUUUUUUCGGAAAAAAGGAAAUUAAUGCAUUUUUAUAAUAAUAAUAAUAAUAGUCUUUGAUUCUCAAUGCACAUUCACAUAAAUGCAAGAGAUCGAAUAAUCUAAUAGACUGUAUUUGCAAGUUUUAACAUGUGGAAUUAAUUAGAAGUGGCUUUUCAUCGUGGUUUUUUAUAAUCAAAAAGUGCUCGAUUAACACAUUUAUUAUAUUACUAGACCAAUUAAACGCAAACAUAUAUAUUUUUCUUAUACUCUUAUUGAAAUAAUAAAGCUUAAUCACUGGAUUAAUCUUGAUCAAAUUAAUAAACUGUUGAAUAAAAACAAGCAAAUAUUGAA